AUGUUCUUGUAUCUGACUACGUUGAGUCUGCAGAGGUUCAUUAGUGAGAACAUUCCUAUUUUGUUGGAUGGAACUCCGGACGAAGAACGAUUCUUGGUAACAGAAGCAUGGAAGCAUUUAAAUUUUUUUUUGUGUAAAAUCUAUAUUCUGAAUGGCCUGCAAGAUGAUCUGUACAAUGUGUACAGUAGUGUCAAAACCUCAAAAAAACUCUGGAAUGCUUUAGAAAAGAAGUACAAAAUAGAGGAUGCCAGAAUGAAGAAGUUCAUUAUGGCAAAGUUCUUGGACUAUAAGAUGAUAGAGAGUAAGACCGUCGUCACCCAAGUUCAAGAACUGCAGGUCAUAAUCCAUGAUCUCCUUGCUGAAGGAUUGAUUAUGAAUGAUGCUUUUCAAGUGGUGGUCAUUAUUGAGAAGUUACCUCCGUUGUGGAAGGACUUCAGAAACCAUUUGAAACAUAAACGCAAGGAGAUUACUGUUGAAGAUCACAUGGUAAGGCUGAGAAUCGAAGAGGAUAAAAAGGCCGCAGAAAAGAGGUCACAUGGUUUACUGACUAUCGGGGUCCUAAGAAGGACAAGAAGAAGGAUCAAGCAAAUUUGGCUGAAUCUAAGAAGAGAUGGACGAUCUCUGUGCAAUGCUUUUAGAAUGCAACUUGGUUGGAAAAGAGAAUGGUGGAUAGAUUCUGGUGCCUCAUGCCAUGUUUGUGCCAACAAAGAAAUAUUUACAUCAUAUACUCCAGCACCAGCAGACAAUAAGUUAUUUAUGGCGAACUCCGCUACUGCAAAGGUUGAAGGAACUGGCAAGGUCCAUUUAAAGAUGACCUCAGGCAAGGUGGUGACUUAG